AUGGCCGAUGGAGCUACACAGACAAUGGUGUCUGCUCAGCAGAUCGACAAGCUGCUGCUUGCUCGAAGUCAGCGAUGGAGUAGUUUGAUAACCACGUCCGGGCUUGAAAAGUCGCUGUCGCCGCCGGAGUCGCCUAGCAAAAAGCAUGUCAAUGAGACAAGUCGAACACCCAAACGCCCAGGCAGUUCGGGGAGCAUGCGCUCUCGCGCUGCAACGCCUCCUCCUCUGCCUUCGGAUCAUAAGGAAGUCAUCGCCGCGGCUUCUCUCAAACCAAUCUCCCCAGGCACAAUGGGCCCGCCUACAAUGCCUGCAUCCGCCUACAAGAAGCGACCGCAUACGCCUACCAUCAAGACUGGUAACAACACUCUCACUCCCAGAACAGGCGGGACCACACCGCGUGUGCGUCGACAGUCACAGCGUAGCGGAGCGUCUUCACCUCUUAGCCGGAGGUCAUCACUAUCUUCGUUUACUUCGGAAAUAGACCAACGCUUCAAUAUUCCAGGGGGGCCGUCUUUUGCUGCCAAUGGAUUGCCACCCGGUGCGACAGAUCCGCGCAUGAUCCAGGCCAUCACUCAGACGAUGAUUGGCGAAUAUCUGUGGAAGUACACUCGCAAGACUGGGCGCGAAGGCAUGUCUGAGAACCGUCACCGGCGUUUCUUCUGGAUUCAUCCUUACACUAGGACACUGUACUGGAGCGACCGAGACCCUCAGAGUGCCGAUAAGACGACAUUGAAGGCUAAGAGCGUAGCCAUCGAAUCUGUUCAAGAAGUCGACGACCCUAACCCUCUACCUCCUGGGCUUCACCAGAAAAGCUUGCUUGUCGUCACACCUGGUCGAUCGAUGAAGUUCACGGCUACAACAGGUCAGAGGCACGAGACGUGGUAUAACGCUCUGAAUUAUCUGUGCCAACGGGUCGACGAGAACGAUCAGCAAAAGUCGCCAACGAAGUCUGAUCAAGACCAGAAGGCAGCUACCGCAGAUGAGAUUCAAGACGAGUUCAAUGGCGGGUAUCGCAGCUCUUCUCGGCAAACAGGCCGUUCAAGAGGCUCGAUGUCCUCAUACGUUACCCGGCGCACAUCAUCCCGCGAUUAUGGCCAAGUGCCCACGAUUCGACAGUCGCAUGUUACACCACAUCGUGCAACCUCGACCGAGCCGCUGGCGCAUGGAUCUGUUUCCAGCCGAAUCAACAGCAUGCUCCGACCCAGCGUCACUGCUUUACGCGGAUCCUUCACUAGUCGGCGAAACAGCAGGACCAGCGCUACAGAGUCGGCCACGUACGAGGAACCCAGCGCGUCCAACAUGGAUCUCAGUCGUGAUAUCCAUGACCAUGUUGAACGUGAUCAUGACUUCAUGCCCAACGUCCGAGCAUGCUGCGAUGGUAAGACCCCUUGA